ACCACUUUCUGGAAGUUCUGGAGGCUACAAGACCAAGAUCAAGUUGCUAACAGGACUGGUUUCUGAUGAGACCUCUCCCUUUGACUUGAAGAUGGCCACCUUCUCACCGUGUCCUCACGUGGCCUCUCCUCUGUGUGCACGCAUCUCUGGCUUCCUCCUGAUCUUGGCACUGACCGAAGCACUGGUAUUUGCCACCCAGGAACCAUCUCCCAGAGAAUCUCUUCAGGUCCUCCCCUCAGGCACCACCCCAGGCACCAUGGUGACAGCAUCCCUCAGCUCUACCAGACACUCUUCCGUGGCAACUGCCCCCACUUCUGUGGUCUCACUGACCCCGCAGCCCGAUGGACCCUCCUCACAGACUGCAGCUCCCAUGGCAAUGACAGCGCCCCAUCCAGAUGGACACCCUCCUACAAACACCAUCUCUACCAUCAUGGCGACAGCAACCACCCCACAGUCUGAAGGCCCCCUGACCACAGGACCCCUUCCUGCUGCCAUGGCAACCACAUCCUCCCACUCAGAGGGCCAUCCCCAGGGGGAGGCUGCGCCCACCAUCCUGCUGACAAAGCCAACGGGACCCACCAGCCGUCCCACCACAGCACCCACCCGGGCUACCACACGCAGGUCUCCUAGGCCCCCAGGCUCUUCCCGAAAGGGGGCCAACAGUUCAUCACGCUCUGUCCUGCCUGCACCCAGUGGCCACUCUGGGAGGAAGGAAGGCCAGCGGGGACGAAAUCAGAGCUCUACACACCUGGGGCAGAAGCGGCCCCUGGGGAAAAUCUUUCAGAUCUACAAAGGCAACUUUACAGGGUCUAUAGAACCUGACUCCUCCACCCUCACUCCCAGGAACCCACUCUGGGGUUAUUCUUCCUUGCCACAGCCCCAGACAGUGGCCACAACCAUGGCACCCAGCAGGACCUCGUGGGCACCACCCACCACCCCCCUGGUGCCUGCAGAGGACAAGCCAGGCCUUAGCAGAGCAGAUCAGGGGGGUGGUUCCACAGUCACCAGCCAAGGAGGGGAGCCGGACACCACUGUAGCCUCAGGUGCCCCUGCCAGUCCACAACCUGCCCCAGUGCCUUCUCAGCGCCCCCACGGUGACCCACAGGAUGGCCCCAGCCACAGUGACUCCUGGAUUACUGUCACCCCUGACAUCAACAGACCUCCAUCUACCAGCUCUGGGGUCUUCCCAGCCACCGCGGGGCCCACCCAGGCUGCCUUCAAUGCCAGUGUCUCAGCCCCUUCCAAGGGGACUCCUCAGGGAACAUCUUCAACCUCGCAGGCCCCAGCCCACCCCACCGGGGGCUCAGAAAGCACUGUUUCCCAGGCCAAGGAGGAGGCUACAGCCACCCCCACCAUGACCAACAGGGUGCCCAGUCCUUUCUCCACAGUGGUGUCCACAGCCACAGGAAACUUCCUCAACCGCCUAGUCCCUGCCGGGACCUGGAAGCCUGGAACAGCAGGGAAUAUAUCCCACGUGGCAGAAGGGGACAAACCCCAGCACAGAGCCACCAUCUGCCUGAGCAAGAUGGACAUCGCCUGGGUGAUCCUGGCCAUCAGCGUGCCCAUCUCCUCCUGCUCUGUCUUGCUGACAGUGUGCUGUUUGAGGAGGAAGAAAAAGACCGCCAACCCAGAGAACAACCUGAGCUACUGGAACAAUGCCAUCACCAUGGACUACUUCAACAAGCAUGCUGUGGAGUUACCAAGGGAGAUCCAGUCCCUUGAAACCUCUGAGGACCAGCUCUCGGAGCCCCGAUCCCCAGCCAAUGGCGACUACAGAGACACUGGGAUGGUCCUCGUCAACCCCUUCUGCCAAGAAACACUGUUUGUGGGAAAUGAUCAAGUAUCGGAGAUCUAACCACAGCAGCCCUCCGCUUUGCUGUUCCCUACCUUUCAUCUCUAAAUUAUAAAUACACAAAUAUAUAUUAUAAAUAUAAUCUUUGUGUAACCCUGACUUAAUAAGAAACAUUUUCAGCUUUUUUUUUCCUAAGAAUUGUCAACAUCUUUUUAUAAGUGUGGUUUAAAAAAAAAAAACUUUACAGAAUGAUCUGUGGCUUUAUAAAAAUAAAGGUAUUUCUAAGCAAAGCA